AAGGUUGCUAAAAGAUGGAGGGGAAUGAGACAAAGGUACAUUUUUUCCCCAUUAUUAAUGGGCUGCAGAAGAUGGCACUAUAUGAAACAAAAGCGAGGUUAUACCUGAUUGGCUCAAACAUUACACAGACAAAGUUCCGUGUUCUGAAGAUUGAUCGCACAGAGUCUAACUCACUGAACAUAACAGAUGACAAGGUUGAGUACAGUCACCGUCAGAUAAAAGAACUUCUGUCGAUGAUCAACGAGGGGAACCGAGCACAGUCAGGCCAAAGGCUAGUGAAUGGUCUGGCCAAAACUGUUUCAGCUUUUGGUAUUGUGGGCUUUGUUAGGUUCCUUGAAGGUUAUUAUAUCAUACUGGUAACAAAAAGACGGAAAGUUGCAGUUAUUGGCUUGCAUACCAUUUACAAGGUUGUUGAUACAGCCAUGAUCUACAUUCCCAAUGAGUCUACAAAGAAGAACCGUGAUGAUGAGCCAAAAUAUGUACGACUCUUCCAAAACAUUGAUCUGUCAUCCAAUUUUUACUUUAGUUACAGUUAUGACCUGACACACAGUCUCCAAUACAACAUGGCCCCCCCAAAGGAUAUUCCUGUGGAACUUCUCACCAACUUCAAAGUCCCAACACCAUGCGUUGGAGAGGUUGAGAAGGCGGAGGAUUUCCUUAAUAUGUCCUUGAACCCAAAGGACCAAAAAGAAGAGGACACUAAAGAACCAGAAGAAAAGACAUGUGCUGACAAUAACCAGACAACAAAUCCACAUAGAAAAGACAGUGAAGCUAACUCGUCACCAAAAGACGAAAAAGAGAAAAAGAAAAGGUUUAUGAUAUAUGGUAUAAGAAACACACCAAACAAGAAGUACGUUUGGAACUCCUACCUCCUGAAGCCAGUGGAAAAGUGCCUUCACCCUGCUUGGAUCCUGCCUAUCACCCAUGGCUUCGUUGCUCAGAGUAACAUCUCCGUGUAUGGACGCUCAUUCUUCCUCACCCUCAUAGCUCGCAGGUCAUGCCGUUAUGCAGGGACAAGAUUCCUCAAACGUGGGGCCAACUUUGAGGGUGACGUGGCUAAUGAGGUAGAGACAGAGCAGCUGGUCUGGGAUGCUCAUGUUACAUCCCUGCAAGUGGGCAGGUUCACAUCCUUUGUUCAGAUUCGAGGCUCCAUUCCAUCGCAUUGGUCGCAGGAUGUCAGUAAGAUGGUCCCAAAACCACCGAUCACCUUUGACGUAAUGGAUCCAUAUGCUGAAACUGCAGGGAAACACUUCAAUGAAUUGCUGCGACGUUUUGGCUCUCCAAUUGUCAUUCUGAAUCUGGUAAAGAGACGUGAGCGGCGGCCUCAUGAGUCGAUUCUCAACACAGAAUACUGUAGACUGAUUGACCAGCUCAACAUCACCCUUCCUCCUCAGUUCAGACUACAGUAUGUUGCAGUAGAUAUGGCAAGGAUCAAUAAACAGAAAGAUGAGAAUGUGAUGAGCCGCUUAUCAGACAUUGCCUACCGUGCAGUUAAGAAGACAGGGAUCUUCCAGAGCUCAGCCCCAUACUACAGCCACCACCUAAAUCCAAAUGCUCAUUAUCGUCACAUGGAGAGGACAAGCACGCAGGGUGAUCAUAACUUUGGGUCCAGAAAGAACUUUACUCCAAAUGAACCCUUUGUUCGAAAACAAACUGGAGUUGUAAGAGUGAACUGUGUAGACUGCCUUGAUCGCACCAACACAGCACAGUUUUGUCUUGGAAAGUGUGCCUUGGGCUUCCAGCUGUAUGCACUUGGUGUCUUGGAUCGGCCUGCUCUGGAAUUUGAUAGUGACUGUGUGCGAAUGUUAGAGGAAAUGUAUGAAGAUCAUGGAGACACAUUGGCUCUUCAGUAUGGAGGGUCACAGCUGGUACACAGAAUCAAGACCUAUCGCCGCACAGCUCCCUGGACCAGUCAGGGCAACGACAUCAUGCAGACACUCUCCAGAUACUAUAGCAACACAUUCUCAGAUACAGAAAAGCAAAAUGCAAUAAACUUAUUCCUGGGUGUUUAUAUCCCAAGUGAAGCUUCUGUUCCAAUUUGGGAACUACCAUCAGACUAUCUCCUGCAUCAUUCUCUCUCCCGCGGUGUUCGUCCCUGCCACAACCGCAGCACAACACAGUGGUGGGAUUCAGCAAUGUUGUCAGAUCUCCCAAUGCCUCUUGAGGAAACCAGGAAGUCUGUCUCUCUCCUUAUGCCAGUGCGAAGCCAGGAGCCCAAGAUUGACUUGUACACAGACCACCAUCGACCCUCAGAGUUCUGUGUCCUGUCUGAGCUGUUCAGCUACCAGAUGAGCCAUUCUGUCAGAGAUUACAUGCCAAACUUCACAACUGAUGAGAGCCCCUUUAGUGUCCGGAGACGUCCAGGUAAGAGGCAAGAGGAGUUAUCUCGUAAUCAGAGUAGUGGGUCACCAUCACAGAAGAAUCCCACUAUGACUGGUCAGGCUUCAACAUCCUCAACAGCAUCAAGUGGAACUAGCUCAACAGAAAGUGAAGCCAGUGAUGAAGAUGAGUUGUCUGUGGCAAGUGCUUCAAGUGACGUUGAAGAAGAUAACACUCCCAACCUUUCUCUGGUCUCCUUCUUCCCACCUAUGACAGAGACUUAUGGAGAAUACUUGCAUGAACCAUCACGAGCUGACAAUACUAUCUACAAAAGGUAUGAGCAGAUCUACAAAGCCACGAAUGGUCCUUUAUCAAAAUCUGCCAAAAUUAGUGGCAGUGUAGGAGCUCCUCUGGUUCUAAUUCAGAGGUCUAGUUUCUGCCUGGAUUCUUCCAUUGAGACUGACCCACCUACAGUUCCCAGACGAUCAAAAGAAAUCUACGGCAAUUUUGUCGCCAUGGCACGCAGAGGACCUCAACCUCCAGCAAAUAGAGACCUCUUAAUGUAUAGAAAGUUUGCUAGCUUCUCAUAAUUAGUGUUGUUAGCCAUCCAUUGUGAUCAUCCAUGCAUUUGGUUCUGGACAUUAUCAUAUGUGGCACAAUUACAUAUUUAUCUUUAUUUUAAUACAUUUAAUAUAGAUGAAAUAACAUUGCAGCAUGUUGCAAAUUUUAGAUGACCUUUUCAACUACUUUUUUAUUUCAAGUUACAUUAUCACAUGGCUAUAUUUUGAACCAAUUUAUCAUAGCUCCUCUAGAAUUACUUAGGAUUUCAUACCAAAGAUUUGAAAUAUUGUAACAAUAUUAAUGUAAAAAUUUCCAUUAGCUGUGUAACAGAGACUUGUAUACCAGUUGUUAAAUAAAUGCUUAUAAAUUUG